AUACUUGAGAGAAUUAAUCUUGAAGAAAAGGGGUUGAGUUAUCAUAUUGCAUUUAACAUCGCUCAACACCCACAUUCUCUUCCAUACCUCUCACCAACAGUUUCUGUGACAUGGACUCAUCACAAAAUGCCUGAGACACACGAAGUCAUUGUCAAAUACGCCUACGACCAUAUCUCAGAAUGGUACCUGCAGCGGGUCGAUAGUCAAAAAUCACCGCGGGAGAAAUACACCAAGAGGCUCCUUGAGGGUCUGCGAACCUCGCCUACUAUCCUAGAGCUUGGCUGUGGUCCUGGUGUCCCUAUCUUGAAGAUGUUGCUCGAUUCGGUGCACGAGUAGUCGCGAACGACAUCUCAACCAAGCAAAUCGAAUUGGCCAAGGCACGUUUCCUGAAAGCCACACUAGUUGCAGGCGAUAUGACAGCACUCACGUUUGACCCUGAGAGCUUUGCUGGAGCCGUCAGCUUCUACACGCUAUUUCACCUUCCGCGGUCCAAACUCAAGGCUAUGCUCACCAGGAUU